UCUGACGGAACAUUGGAAACUAGUAGGCUAAUACAUUUUCCAAACAUGAUAUCCGUGAUAAUAGACACCACUCUCGUUGAUCUUUUUGAUCAAAAGAGAAAAAAACUUAAACAGAGGAAAAUUAGAAAUAUUUUCGUUUCAACAAUUGACAUUUUUGAGGCUGCAGACAUUACUGGAGACUGAUUUUAUGGAGACAGCUUGCCGCCCAAUGCACUGAACCGUGCAAGAAGAUCUAAGGCUAAGUCUGCACUUCAAGUAAAUGAAGUGCUAUCUUUUUAAAUUUGUACCUUUUUUUUUAAACUGUGUUCUACUAUAAAAGUAACGAAAGACAAAACCAGAAUGACUACUAGAUCUACUGACAAAGUAUCUUUGAAAUCUCCUGUCCGACACUUCGCAGAUAUAUUUGAUGUUGUUCCAGCUCACUCUCAGUGUGUGUCUCCAAUUUUAUCAACUCAAUUUGAUAGAUCUGAAGCUAAUGACUCCCCAGUUAAACUCAGAAAAAUCUCAAAAAUCUUUUCUCAUGCAGCAGCAAAGGUGAGACAGGAAGGCAGGAAACUAAGAAAAGUGAUCUCUGCCAUUGAAGAGCCUGACUGCAGAAAAAGAAUGAAUGCAACAGACAAUGACAAGCAGACAAUAAAUAAUGCAAGAAAUCCGUGUCUGCUUCCAAGGUCCCCCUUUUUCCUUGUGCAUGAACUUUUAUAUCAUAAUCCUUGGCAACUUCUAGUAGCUACGAUAUUGUUGGAGAAUACCACAGCUCAUCAGAAAGUUGUUCCUGUGGUUUGGAAAAUUUUAAACCAUUGGCCGACUCCAGAGUUAGCAUCCCAAGCUGACCUGAAUCAAGUGGCUCAUUUUAUAUUUCCCAUUGGUCACAAUUAUCAAAAAGCUGAGGCCAUCAUUAACUUUUCAAAUGAUUACUUGACCAAGAAGUGGACAUAUCCAAUAGAGCUGAAAGGGAUCGGACCAUAUGGCAAUGAUUCUUACAGGAUAUUUUGUAUGAACGAAUGGUUGCAGGUUGAACCAUCUGAUAAGAAGUUGAAACGUUACUGUCAUUGGUUAAAGUCAAAUAGUGAACGAUUUGGUUUGAUGCCUAUCAAAUAAGUUGAGCACUGCUGUGUUGAUGGACACAGAAUCUUUAGAAGUUGCAACACCAGUCUGCAAGUCCUUAGAGAUUGUUGAGUUGUUUUAUUGUGAACUUGCUCCUAUUUGAUAUGUCUACUUUCUCUGAAUGUUUGUCUUCCUAUGUUUUCAUAUUUUCUAGUCCAUUAUUUAUCACAUUUGACAAUAUUUUAAGUUGUUAUAUAAAUCAAUUGCUGGCAGCUGACGUGAUCAUUGUUCUUUUAUUUUUAAUUUUUUUAAAUCAAAUUUAUCUUAUAUAAUACAGACGUUACUUCAAAAAAGAAGAUGAUUUAUGUUAUAAUGAAAUUGUGAAAUCAUCAGUUUUUUUUGUUUUUUUUUGGAUUUGACUAUUUUCUUAAAGCAGUGCUUUAAUUUUAUUUCAUUGGCGAGCUGUCAUUACUGUUACUUUACUGUGUUUUAACAUGAACACAAAUUAUGAAUGAGAAUUCUUUUCAAAACCCUUUUUUUGGUUUUAUUUUUGUCUAUACAUGUUGGGAGCAAUAAAAUCCUCUGAUAAUGUAAAGGUGAAGUAUGGUAAGCAGAUGAGUCUCUGAGAAUGUUUGAUUCUUGAUAUUCAAAUGGAAAUUGAAAAUGUUUGUGUUUUUUUUUAAAACAGACUUCUGCACUAUGUCAUUAUAUAUACCUAUACCUUUAAGUUGUGAAUGAUAAUGAGGCAGCCUUACUAAAUCUGGACAUCUUACUGUUCAUUAAAAUUUAAUUCAAGGCUGUAAAAAAAAAUGUUUUUUUAAUCAAGCAUGUAGUUGAGCUUGAUUUUUUUUUACCUCAGAUCUGCUGUCCACCGCUUUGAAGUCUGUAUUUUAUUUAUUUGUUUUAUAUUGAUUGUAUUUUUUAUUCUUUUUGGUUAAAUUGCCUGAAAACACGUCCAUUUAGUAUUUGAUUUGUUAAACAAAUGUAACAAAUAGGGUACAUUUAUUAAUGUUUGGUUGCCAGAUGUACAAAUACAUUUGAAAUUUCUAUUGUACACUGCUAAACAAUACAGUUUGAUAUUUAAACAUGCAAGCUUGACUGACUAAAUUUCCUUAUAAAGACAAUUGAAAGUAGUCUUUAAAAAGGCCAAACAGUGGUUCUAAAUGUUAAAACUCUGUAUGAUUAUUAACUUGGUCACAAUUAUUUUGAUUUAGCAGCUAUAUUUAUCAAUCAUUAUGGUUUAAGGAAAUUACAAUUUAAAUGUCUAGGUAUUUUCUUUGAUUUUUGUUUUAAUUCUCAGACACGGACAAAAUUUGUUGAAAAAUAACUUUUCUUUUGCAUAUGUCAAAGUGAGCAGAAGUCUGCUUCAUAAGAUUUUGUUUUGUGCAGAUUGGUUUGUAUUUUUUAGAGCUGUUCUUUCAUUCCAAGAAAUCUGUUUGAUCAAACAACUCAAGCAGCUCAUUUCAAAUUGUUUUUUAAUUAUUACACACAAAAAAAGGUGCACAAAUGCUAUGUUUUGUUUCUUUUUAUCUUGUGAUCACUUAGUUUGAUUGUUUUAUUGAUUGCUUAUUGGUAUUUUUAAAAUAUGAUAUAUUAAUUACAAAUUUAAACACAGAAUUUAUGAAAAUGUUUUUUAUUUCCUAUGAGCUAUAUUCGCCUUCACAGCA